CCACUUUUUAAUAAAACAAAAUGUCCAUUCACAUAGGCGAUAUUAUCCCUGAUGCUACUCUUCAUUAUGUGCCUUAUAACCCAAAUGAAGACAUCACAGCAUGUCCUAGACCUGUCCCUUUCAAGAUCCAUGAGCAAUUAAAGGGCAAAAAAGCUGUCAUUUUUGCUAUUCCAGGCCCAUUUACACCCACUUGCUCCGAGACUCAUGUUCCUGGCUUUUUAAAUGCUUAUGAAGCACUUAAAGCUAAAGGUGUUAAUGAAGUUAUUUGCAUCUCUGUCUCGGACGGAUUUGUCAUGAACGCAUUCGCCAAGGCUUAUAAGGCCGGUGAUAAAAUCAUCAUGGCCGGUGAUGGUAGUGCUGAAUUCUCCAAGGCCUUAGGCCUCACUCAAGAUUUGACCAAGGCAGGUAUGGGCAUCCGAUCCAAACGUUUUGCUAUUAUUAUAGAUGAUUUGGUCAUAAAGUAUGUUGGUGUUGAAGAUGCCCCUGGUGUCAAGGCUUCUGGAGCUGAAGCAGUUUUGGCAAAGUUAUAAUCAUUGGUUAAUAAAUCAUUCAUGCGUAUCUAUUUCAUUAUGUUUUAGUAAUGCUUUUUUAUUAAAAAGGAUUAGCAAGAGCGAGAUAAAAAGAAUAACAAUGUCACCAAUAAUGUCCAAGCAUCUGUAGCCACUUUUAGUUACCAAAGCUGUUACUGCCACUCUUUUUUGUUGCCAAUAUUAUAUGAAAGUAUGAUCUAUCAAACAUGAAAUGAAAUAAGAAGGAGUUUCCAUGGCAACCCUAAUAACAUUAAAAGUAAAACAAUUGUU